AUGCCUUUGCUGGCAAUAGAGUUUGCAAUUGUAGAGGCGACUGUCUUAUGGCAAGAUGUAUUUGUAAAAAAGCAGGUAUUUUGUGUAGAAGUGGAUGUUAUCCAAAAAAUUCGAAGUGUAAACACAGAGCUUGAAAA